AUGUCCAACCAGCUUGAAGAUGAUCUGCACCGCGUGUUGCGCCUUGCAAGAGCAGAAGCUCGAGCUAGUAAACAAAAGAAAAAUAUUAAUUACAAGAAACCUCGUCAAGUUGAACAGCGACAUCGACAUGACCAGUAUCUGACCGGAUCAAAAGAACGUCAAACUCUAUUAACUGCCAAGAUGCAGGGACUUGCAGCAGUCUAUGGACUCGAUUCCAGCUCUCGCCACCUUGGAAAUUGUAGCAGCAAGUCCGUCUUGUAUCACAAUAAGGAGACUCUAGAAGAUGAUCAAGUUUUGCAACAGCGUUUAGAUGCUCGUCGAACUCUAUAUAAACGACAUUUUUCGGGUGUUAUGACCGACUCCAGUGGACGAAAGAGAGAUAUAGAGAAUGUUCUUGAAGCUGCAGCACGUGAAGCUCGGUCUUCUCGGUCAAAAGGUGUUGGUAUUGGAGCUGCUCUACUCACCGAGUCUCAAACUAUUUACUCAGCUGGUGCUAUCGAGAACGGAGCGCUUGUGCUUUGUGCUGAACAUGCUGCAGUCAUGAAAAUGCUCACGUCUUAUGCAAAUUCAAGUCCUAUCAUAGUAGCGAUGGCAAUUUGUAGCGAACAGCGUGACUUACUGCCAUUCCCUUGUGGUAGCUGCCGAGAGCUUCUAGCAGAUUGCGGAGACUUUCCCGUGUACCUUGUGAACGCUUUAGGUGAGACCGAAGAGACCAGAAGUUCGGCGUUAUUCCCGCGAGCAAGACACUCUGAAUUUACGCAAAUACUCACGAAAUCAGUGAGUAAACGAUCUCCAGUUCGAACUCCAACACCAUCAGAUCAAACCCCUGUCGAAGUGAAAGACUGGACAACAGAUCACGUUCUUAAGUGGCUUGAACAUGAUGUUGAGUUGCCUCAAUAUCGAGAGGUUUUUGAGCGAAAUAACAUUGACGGAUGUACGUUGGUGUUGCUGGAAGGAAGCGAUUUACAACUUUUACUUGGGAUUACUCACCCACUGCAUCGUUCCAAGUUGCUAACAUACCUAGAUCGACUACGAGAUCGAGAGCUUCUCGCUCGCGGUCUUGACUUCACGCAGCUUGAAGACUAUCUAGCUGUACUUGAUAUCGACCGAGUGAGCGCUGUAGCUCAGCUCAAGACGACAUUCGACCGUCUGGACGCCGACAAAGAUGGAUUUCUCGACUUUAAUCAAGUAAAACAAGCUCUUUCACGUCUACGGUGUACAAUUCCCACAGCAAACAAAGACGGUGUAGUGGAGGCUUCACCACAGGAGGUAGAGCGUUUAUUAUACAGCGAAGAAUUGUUCGGAAAAGAGGCUUCCAGUACAGGUAAAGUCUCAUUCCCGGCGUUCACUCGAGCCUUCUCCAAGUUGGCUACGCAACCAGCAGAUACGUCGACAGUGACUCAAGGAUCGUUUGCAGUGCACGCCUUUGGUCCAAGACUCCCAGUACUGGACCUCAAAAACCUACGGGAAUGUUUCGAGCAACAAGUUCAAGGGAACUCUCUCGAUGAAGCAGGUUUAGUUCGACUACUGAUAGAACUUGGACAGAGCGAUACUCAGAGCAAAGAGCUUGCGUGUCGAUGGCUGGACGCACAGGAUGAUAUUGAGGAAUCCGGUGAUACUAUGAGCUUUGCGCAGUUAGUUGCACGAUACGCUCAACUCGUGGACUCCAAUGAGACUAGCGGCGUCUCGAGACUCCAGCAGCUCUUUACGUCUUAUGAACCAGUUCAUUCCACACGCCUGAAGCCUCGAACUGUAGUGCAACGUGCGCUAUCAACGCUCUUUCCAGCUGUUCCAAGCGAUGAAGUUAACGUUUGGUGUGCAAGUUUCUGGCCAGCAAAAGUAUCGAGAGCGAAUGCGGAUACAAAGCCGAAGAUUACUACUCUUGCGUUCCCUGAAUUCACGUUAGCUUGCUUGGAAUUUGCAGCAGAAGUCUACGCUCGUGAACAAGAAGCCGCUUCUAUCAAGCGAUCGCUUCGUAAUGACGCUCUGGUACAUCGGAGUCGAGUGGUCCACUUGCAUAGCUCUGGACACGUGAGAAUGUGUCCUCAACCUCCUGACGAGUUGAAAUCGGACAAGAAGGACAGAAAGGCAGUUCCUAAACUCAAAGAAGACAGUAAAUCUGACGAAGAUGAAGGGAAAUGUGCUGAACGAGAAGGAAAAGCUCAAGACAGCGACGACGAAAAGUCCCAGAGACGUAGUAGACGUGAACAGCAAGUGAACGAAGCGUUUGAUCGGUUCGUAAGGCGACACAGUACACAAGUUCGUAGCUCCAGCGACGAUGGUAAACAAAACAGCGAGGAUGAAGACGAGAGUUGUAUGUUAAAUGCAGUUGAAGCAGCUCAAGCAGCGUUGGAACUUGGCGCAGUUUUGUCUCGAGAGCAAGUGUUGCGUUAUCUUGAACGCGAAGGUCUGGGUAGAAUCCGUCGUCGAGACAUCUCUCGAACGGCAUUCCAUCGACUCAUGAAGCGACUCGAUGCCAACCAGAGUUAUCCUCGAGAUCUUCUCCUUGAUAUCAAUGACAGGACUCAAAAACGAGAAGUCUUUGUACGAACUGCCAGUAAGAGUCCUCGUCAUCGUGCAUACAAGAACAUGCCGGACUACGACGAGUUCUUAAGAAGAAAACUUGCUGAAUCUAAUGGCUCUCAAUGGAAAAAGGAAGUUGACGAACUUCGACGUAAACAACAACGCCGAGAAGAGCGUCGGACAAGCAAAAAGCUCAAAAAGCGCAGCUCUCGUCACAGAAAACAUGACAGCGACGGUAAACACGAUAGUGACAGCGACUCCACAGCCUCAGAACGCCGUCAAAGUCGUUCAAAACACAAGAGAAAAAGCCAUCAUCACCGGCCAAGUUCAUCCGAUACUUCUACUGCGACAGAAACAUCUUCUAACGAGAGUACUCGAUCAUCUCACCGUCCGACUCGAAGAGGUUUUGAACCAGGAGCUCGAGUUGCAAGUAUGGUGCAUGGCAGAGGCACGAUUGAACGCAUUUAUCGCGACUACUUCGUGGCUGAUGUACAUUUUGACAGUGGGCGUCACUUACGCAACGUCGAGUUCAGUGGCUUGCGUUUGCUUGACCCCGAGGACGAACUACACAGCGAGACCACCAAGGGGUUGAACAUGGGUACACUCGUCACGAUCGCGCAUAAAGGCACCAAAACUCGACGACAGGGGAAAAUAAUCCUGUGUCGUACUGAUGGAACGUUCGACGUCUUAGUGAACGAGUUCGGGUUAGCUCAAACACUGAAGCGUAUGCCACGUAGCGCAUUAACUCUUGCCAACGUAAAGCCCAGGAUUUAUCGUGACGGAGAUCGAGUUAUGGUCCGACAGCGUACUGAAUAUCUAAGAGGCAAAGUCUGCAAUUGUCGAACUGAAGGCACGUACGACGUCAAGCUCAUUCGGUCUCCUCAGAAGAUUCUCGAGCGCUUGGCACCUGAACUGCUCGCUCCUGAUAAUGAUGAAGAUGGCUACACUGACGAUGAAAUUGAGGUUGAUAAAGCUCCUAAAUCUAAGCCGAAGAAAGACUCGGACGACGAAUUUGAACCAGAAUUCAGUCGAGGUGAUCGCGUGGAAGCUCGUUUCGGUGGUAAAGAAACCUACUAUCCAGGUACUAUCGAGCGUGUGCAUCCUAAUGGAUGCUGUGAUAUCUCAUACGAUGACGGAGACGAGGAAGAGCGCGUGAAGCCAUCUUUAAUCCGUGCUCUUCUUAAGAAAACGGGACCUCGUAAACCCACACCUGCAAGGAAAACCUCGGACGAUGGAUAUGAGUCCGAUCUCUUCGAAAGCGAUUAA